UCAAAAUCCUGAAGCCAUUCACAGAAAUAACAAUGGCUGCCUUACAAGCUUCUUCUGUGUUACUUUCUUCUUCUUCCACUAAGAGUCACAAAUCAGGGAUUGUUCAAGCAACAAUGAAUGCCAAUCUAUAUCUUCCAAAGCUUCAAAACAGGUCUUUUGUACUGGAGGAGCUAAACAUGGGAGAGGAUUGCAUUAUUGCUACUAAAGAAUUAUCCAAACCAUGUAUUGAUGGUGAUAAUCAGCUGGUGAUUAUAGAGAAGCUUCAUGUGAUCAUGGAAGCUGUGGCAGAUAGAGUGGAGAUGCAUAGAAAUAUUGGAGAACAAAGAAAUAACUGGAACCGACUCUUGUUGAAUUCGAUCAAUGCUAUAACUCUCACUGCUGCAACCAUGACUGGUUUUGCUGGUGCAGUUACAGGAGGAGGAUCAUCUGAGGCUCUCAAGGUUUCAUCUACAAUACUUUAUGCAGCAGCUACUGGAAUGCUAAUUAUCAUGAACAAGAUCCAACCUUCACAGCUUGCAGAAGAGCAAAGAAAUUCCGCUAGGCUAUUCAGGCAACUUCAUUCACAGAUUCAAACAAUGAUAUCUAUUGGAAAUCCUACAAUGAAUGAUGUGAAUGAAACAAUGGAGAAAGUCUUGGCACUUGACAGGGCAUACCCACUUCCUUUGUUAGGAACUAUGUUGGAGAAAUUCCCAGCAUCUGUAGAGCCUGCAGUUUGGUGGCCGCGACAGCCGAGACAACGACAAAGGUCUUUUUCCAAAUUUGGAAACAAUGGCUGGAAUGGGAAGAUGGAGAAUGAAAUGAGACAAGUUGUUGGUGUUUUGAAGAGGAAUGACAAGGAAGAUUACUUGAGAAUGGCAGAGAAAGCUCUGAAACUCAACAGGGUAUUAGCCAUUUCUGGUCCAUUGUUGACAGGGCUAGCCACUUUAGGGUCUGCAUUUGUGGGUCAUGGUUUAUGGGCUGUGAUUGUGGGGGUUGUGGGAGGAGCAUUGGCUAGUGUUGUGAAUGCUAUAGAGCAUGGUGGACAGGUUGGGAUGGUGGUUGAAAUGUACAGAAGCAGUGCUGGUUUCUUCAAGCUCAUGGAGGAGACAAUAGAGUCAAACCUAAUUGAAAAAGAUGUUGAAAGAAGAGAAAAUGGAGAUCUGUUGGAGUUACAGUUGGCUCUGCAGUUAGGGAGAAGCCUAACAGAACUCAGAGACCUUGCAACAUCUUCUUCUAUGGAGACAACUCAAGAAUUUGCAAGCAAACUCUUCUAAUUCUUUCUAGUUUGAUAAUUAUCCUUAAAGUAAUUAACCUUCUUAAUUGUAUAUAAACUAAUGUAGUUUAAAUUUGUUCAUUCUUCAUUCAUAGAUGAUAGAUCUAGCUUCCAACUCUAAUUAUUAUUAGCUCAACUAAAGCUAA